GUUCUUUUAAAUAGCUAUAAGCCAGUUAUUAGGCUAAUUGUUAUAUUUUUUUAAUAAUUUUAAGUCCAAACUCCACUGAAUAGUUUUACAUAUUAUUUUGAUAUCAGAAAUAUAAGGUUGAAAUGAUCAUAUUGUUCUUUAAAUUAAAUAUAAAUUGAGUGUUGGUUUAUGUUUUACGCUCAAAGUAGCUCAAAAAAUGUGGCAUUUAACCUCUGAGAAUGAUAAAAGAAUCAUAUUUGUACUAUCGGGAAAAAAUGUUACAAUAGGUAGAAGUCUUGAUGGACAAAACUGUAAUUUUGCGAUAACCGACGACCCUUCAAUUAGCAGAAAACAUGCAACGCUUUUGAUUCUAGAGGGCGUUUUAUAUUUAGAAGACUUGGGUUCAAAAUAUGGUACUUUUGUUAAUAACUCCGACAAAAUUGAACAUAACAAGAUGUUAAAAUUAAGUUGUAACGAUGUCAUAAAAUUUGGUAAAAUGAAUUGUGUUUGGAAGGCUCAAAAGAUUAACUUAAUAACAUGUACAUCAACAAUGAAAGGAGAAAAUCUUCAAAGUCUUAAAAACAUUCUUACUACAGUCGGUGGAAUCAUUAAAAAUGAAUGGGAUGAAACUUGUGAAUAUUUAACAAUGCCUGCGAUAACAUUGACAAUAAAAGUGGUUUUGGCAUUAGUGCAAAACUCACAUAUAGUAACUAUUGAUUACUGGAAUAAGUGUGUUGAUGCAGUAAAUAAUAAUACUGCAUUACCAAAUCCAAGUAAUUUCAUACCACAAAUAUUAGAAUCUACUCUCAAUAAAGAAAGUGUAUCUUUUCUUCCAAGUAAGGAUAGAAGCUCAUUAUUUACCAGUAAGAAAGUAAUCUUCUUCUCAAGAAGACAGUUGGAAUUAUAUAAAAUGGUGCUAACAAAAAGUUCUGCAACUGCUUUAUUGUUAAGUGAAUCAAAAAUGACAAAAUCAGCUCUUUGCGAUGAAGAUGUUAUUGUUAUUCAAUAUACUUUCUCUUCUUCAAGCCAAGAAACUCAGGCCCAAAGGGACCAAAUAAAUGAUAUUAUUGAAUAUCUCAAAAAUAAAGGGAAGAGGGUUGUGGCUGAUGCUGAAAUAGGUCUUGCAAUUUUAUAUUGUUCAACAAGUAAAUACUGUAAUCCAAGUUUUAAUUUUUCUUCUGAAGUUGUAAAACAAUUGCCUUGUCAAAAUAAUAACAAAAAUGUACUUGCUCCAGAAUCACAAGAUUCAUCAGAAGAUUUGUGUAAGAAGGAAAAUUUGUUAAUUGAUGAAAGUUUAACACCCACUAAUAACCAGUCAUUUAAUAAUGAUAACAGUAACAAUACUUCUAAGAGAAAGUUAAGUGAUGAUGAUAACAUUGCUAAUACAAGAAAUCUUCCUAAAAAGUUUGCAACAGAUACUUUUAGUAAAUUAAGUUUAAGCAAUUCUAAGAAGAGACAAAGUGAAUUUAAUGAUUUAGAGAAUCCAUCCAAGAAGAUUGCUGUUGCUAAUAAUAAAGAUGAUGAUGACAUGUUUAAUUUUGUUAAAAAUGAUAACUGUAAGAACAUAGGUGAAAACAGUUUUAAAAAGAAACUGAGCUUAUCAAAGCCAAUGAAAAGAAAACAUAGUACUGAUAAUGAAGAAGAGGAUCUCUUUAAUUUUGUUAAUAAAGAAAACAAGAAAACUGCUUUAGAUAAGCCUUCUAAUAGUAAUUCUGAUUCUGUACAAGAUACUUCACAUUCUCAUACAAAUAUAUUUAAGACAUCAAAAGUUAUUGAUGAUAGAUUUGAUAUAUCUGCUCUAAGAGGAUCAAAAUUAAAGGAACUAAUGCUGAUCAGUUCAAAUACACCAUGUUAUAAAUAUAUAAAAAAAGAAGAGGUAACAGAGUUAGAUGAUAAAUUUGGUAGCAUUGAUUUAGGUUCCGCAAGUCUUAUAGUCAGAAAGGAUUUGAUUGUCAAACGAGAACAUAUUCAGGUACCACUUUCACCAGACAAUGGGUUGAAAAAUUUCAAGAAAUUUAAAAAAGUUUGGCCUUCCAAAAUGCAAGUGACUGUUGUUUCUACAUCAGCUUAAGAUAUUUCUAUACAAUUGAUUAAAAACAAUAAUUAAACUUAUUUGUUGUAUAAUCCAUUAUGGAUUUAUUGCUUUUUUUUUCAUAUUCUGCAUUUGGUAUUAUAUUGGUAAAAUGUAAAUCAAGAGCCAAGUUAAUUUCACUUAUAUUUAAUAAAUGAACAAAUUAUAUUUUACAAUACUA